AUGCCGGGCGUUACCAAUAUGCCAUCAACGCCGCCGCAAUACCUCAAACAAGUCCGUCUCGUUCUGGGCGCUGACGAAAGAGACGAUGAGAUAACACCAAAAAUGACAAGCGAGAAGAUCGGCCUGCGGAUGCCCAAACUUGCCGUCUUGGGCCGUUCCCUGAAGCCCUGGACUGAUAUCAACGAGCGGCCCACUCCCCUAUUCGAAUCAAACCUCGGAUUCGCGACCUACCGGCAGAAACAAGUUCCCAUCCAGUGGAAAACCGUCGAGAGCACACAAUGGGAACGUUACAUCAACCAAAUGAAAUGUCUGGCCCUCUUCCUCACCUCCCUCUCUACCUCGGACAAAUCCUUUCGCUCGCGUCACGGAAUCGUCUACAGCAUGCCUGAAGAACUCCCGGAUCACCAUAAUGACAACAACUCUGAAGGGAUCCUCGACUGGGACUACAAAUCCCUCCGUAGCCUCAUCUCCAGCCAACCUCUCGUCGCCCUCAAACGCCGCCUCGAAAUCGCCCUCUGCUUGGCAGAAACAAUCCUCCAACUCCACACUUCCGGCUGGCUGCACAAAGGCCUCCGCCCCGAAAACAUCCUCUUCCUCGCCCCUCACGGCUCAUCGAACAAAUUCUUCCUCGGCUCAGACCCCUAUAUUGCCGAUUAUGAAUACAGCCGUCCGACACGCUCGAGUCACAGAAAUACACCCACCUUCCUGACACGGAGUUUGGAAGCGGAUCUUUACCGUCAUCCAGAUGCUAGAGGGCGAGGGAGGGAGACGUACCAAAAAGGAUUUGACAUGUACAGCUUGGCCUGUAUCAUUGUCGAGCUGGUGAUGUGGCAGCCGUUGGUGGAUAUCUUUGCUCAGUUCCUACCUGGAAGGGAAGUCUAA